AUGAUGUAUGUGGCCAUCGGAUCAAAGUGCGACUGUGAACUGAUCAAUGUCACAGGGCUAUGGAGGAGGGGCAAGCGAUACGGAGGCUCAAAAUCAUCUGGAGGUACGUUGCUUCAGUCCAAUGACGGCCUCAAGCUAAUCGCUUCGGAGCAGGUAGUCUUCUACCCAGACUCCAAUCAUCGCCGCAAGUCUUCCCUCGUUACGAUGGACAAACCCAAGGUCCGACCUCAUCCAGCUCAGGAAGACAAGACGACCGCCUGCUAUGUGCAUUCGCUUAUCGCCAGCGAGUGGACCUCACCCCCUCACGAUCUCAAAGACACAGAAGAAGUGAUCCGAACAUUAAAAGAUGACGAAAAUGAGCCGCCGAAGUCCGAUCCAACGGCCGCACAUCCAGAUGAUCUGGUCUCAGUGAUAGAUGGCGAUACCCCAGGCGCCCGCAAACCGACCCCGACAAUAAUCCAAUCCCGCCAUCUGACAAAGAGACAGCUGUCAGACAUGGCCUGGAACGUGCGGAAGCUCUCCAAGAAGCUCGGCAGUAUCAAGCUCAAGUUGACCGUCAAAAACAUAUUCGUGGUUUGCAAAGCGCAGGACGAGUCACUAGUCAGCCUCACACGGAAGGUGACGAAAUGGCUACUCUCCAAGGACCGCGACUCAGAAUAUAUAGUCUAUGUUGAACGCCGACUCGAGACACAUCCAGAUUUUGGUGCGCUUCAAUUGAUCCAAGAUGAGCCCUCCGCAGAGGGUCGGCUUAAGUACUGGGACCCUAAACUAGCGCAGCAACAGCCUCACCUGUUUGAUUUUGUCAUCACGCUGGGCGGCGAUGGCACAGUUCUCUACACCAGUUGGCUCUUCCAGAGAAUCGUCCCGCCUGUGCUAUCCUUUGCGCUAGGCUCUUUGGGCUUUUUGACGAACUUUGACUUCACAGACUACCAGAAAUCGCUUGAGAAUGCGUUACGGGAUGGUGUUGUCGUCAGUCUACGAUUACGAUUUGAAUGCACAAUAAUGCGAAGCAAGGCGCGCCUGAAGGAGCAUGAUGCAAGAACAUUGGCUGAUCGCGACCUGGUCGAGGAACUCAUUGGCGAAGAGGGAGAAGAUACAUUGACCCAUACACCAGACCGGGUGUACGAGAUAUUGAACGACGUCGUCCUCGACCGGGGGCCCAAUCCAACGAUGUCGCAAAUCGAGCUGUUUGGGGACGACGAGCACUUCACCACUUUACUUGCUGAUGGCAUCUGCAUCGCGACACCAACCGGCUCAACUGCUUAUAACCUUGCGGCAGGCGGGUCGCUUUCACAUCCAGAAAACCCCGUCAUUCUUGUUACUGCUAUUUGUGCCCAUACACUUUCAUUCCGACCCAUUAUUCUACCAGACACCAUCGUUCUGCGGAUGGGUGUGCCAUAUGAUGCACGCACCAGCUCCUGGGCUAGCUUUGAUGGUCGCGAGAGGUAUGUAUACAUAUAUAUGUGUAUUAUCAUAUUUUUAGACACUGUCAUUAACCGUUGUUACAGGGUUGAAUUACAUCCAGGCGACUAUGUGACCGUGUCAGCAUCCAGGUAUCCCUUUGCCAAUGUCUUGCCCCCUGGGGGACAAGGCGAGGGUUGGGUGCACAGUAUCUCCAAGACUUUAAAUUGGAACUCGCGCCAGAAGCAGAAGAGCUUUAAGUAG